GUUCCUUCUCCCCACCCCACGCUGAUUAGCUCGCAGCCUCUCCUCACCACAUCCCUACUAUGGCUGUGUUUCUGCAGCUGUUACUGCUGCUGCACUCGAGGGCCCAAGGGAACCCUGGGGCUUCUCUGGAGGGCCUCCCCGGGGACCGGGUGAAUCUCUCAUGCGUAGGAGUCUCUCACCCCAUCCGCUGGGUCUGGGCGCCCAGCUUCCCGGCCUGCAAGGGCCUGUCCAAAGGACGGCGGCCAAUCCUGUGGGACUCUUCCAGCGGGACCCCCACCGUGCCUCCCCUCCAGCCCUUCGUUGGCCGCCUACGCUCCCUGGAGCCUGGUAUCCGGCGGCUGGAGCUCCUCUUGAGCGUGGGGGACUCAGGCACCUUUUUCUGCAAGGGCCGCCACGAGGACGAGAGCCGUACAGUGCUUCACGUGCUGGGGGACAGGGCCUCUUGCAAGGCCCCGGGGCCUACCCACGGGUCCGUGUAUCCCCAGCUCCUGAUCCCGCUGCUGGGCGCUGGGCUGGUGCUGGGACUGGGAGUUUUGGGCCUCGUCUGGUGGCUGCACAGACUCUUAUAUGUCCCUUACAGGCGCCUGCCCCCGCAGCCGAUUCGACCACUCCCUGGAUUUGCUCUGUCCCCCCCACAUAGCUCCACUUGUGAAAGCCGAGCCCCAGAGAGCAGUAAAGGAGGAACAGCCCAAGAUUCCAAGGGACCUGGACCAGGAACUGAGCCUUCACUAUGCGGAUCUGGACCACCUGGCCCUCAGCAGGCCCCAACGGCUGUCCACAGUGGACCCUACUGAUGCUUCCACCAUCUAUGCAGUUGUAGUUUGAAGGGAAGCCCUUACUCCAAAUCUCCCAAGCUGGAGGCUCCCAGCUCCCCAUAAUCCCUCUCACCUCCCUGAUCCCUCAUCUGGAAGAGGAAGGCACCAUGGUAUAGAAAUAAGUGCUAGACUUGAAGUCGGGAGACCUGGGUUCUAGGCUGUCUCUGCCACUGAUGUUACUCCUAAAGUUAUUCCCGUGGCUCCCAUAACCUUCAUGUCUCCCUCACCACCGCUGUCCCCUCUAUACCCAGUCAAGCCCUAUCUCCUAUCUUAAGACAUCAGUAACUCCCAGACAGUUGUCUUAUCUCUUCCCUUCCCUUCACUGUCAAGCUUUGGACCCAGGGGCACACACCUGCCUCUUCCAUUUUCUUCUCCUUCACUCUUUCCCCACUGCUCAUCUGUCGAAAUUGCCUCUCUGUGCCCCAUAAUGGCGUCCUAAUAGCCACACCUGGUAGACAUUUUUAGCAUUCAUCUGGUUUGACCUCUGAUUACUCCAUUCUUUAAGCUCUGUUUUUCUUUGCUGCUGGUGUUUUCUUUUUGGGCUCCUUCCUUGCUCCAUAUCCUUUCUCUUCUUCUAGCACACUCUCAUCCAGUCAGUCCUCAGCCCCUACCGCUGCAAAUGACACCCAGAACUCUCUGGUUCAUAUCUCAGAUUUGGGAUUAACAAACUUCCCCUUAGACAUUCUGCCUGACUGGCCUCAGGCAUUUUUGCUCUCUGGAUGUCAAACCUAACUCAUUGUCAUCUCUGAAGCCAUUCACUUAAUUCUCCUCUGCAUUCUCUCCUUAACAACCCGGUUGCAGGCAGGGCACGGGGGCUCAUGCCUGUAAUCCCAGCACUUUGGAAAUCCACGGUGGGCAGAUCAUGAGGUCAGGAGAUUGAUGCCAUCCUGGCCAACAUGGUGAAACCUCGUCUCUACUCAAAAUACAAAAAUUAGCUGGGCGUGGUGGCACUUGCCUGUAAUCCCAGCUACCUGGGAGGCUGAGGCAGGAGAAUUGCUUGAACCAGGGAGUUGGAGGUUGCAGUGAGCCGAGAUCCCAGUUGCCCAUCCUAGAAACUGGGAGUCAUGCAGGACUCCUUCUCUCACUCCCACACAAUGAGCCAUCAAAUCCAGUCUUUCUAUCUUAACAUCACUGUCAAACCCACACUGUAUUCCAUGCCCAGUGCUGCCACCUGAAUGUACUCUCCUCACUUCCUUCCUAGAUUACCCACAGCCCCACCUCAUCCUCCUACCGUUGCUUUCCUCCCUGAAGUCAGAAAGGAAGUACUCUCAGUUAAGUUUACAGAACUGAAGUACUCUCCUGAGCUUCAGCUCUGUGCCCAUGUGCCCUGGCUUUGGAUACAAGGUACUACAGCACUUUGUCCAUUCUCCAGGCUUAUUUCCAUCAUUCCACAUGCACAUCUUAAAAAAUGCCAGCCUCAGAGAAUUCUCUCUAGCCUCAAAAUGUCUUUGCCCAGUGCAAUUCCUUCUUCCUGUAUUACCCCUUUUCCUCCUCCACACUACCUGACUGGCUAAUUCUUAUUUAUCCUCAGUUCAAGUGCGGCCUUUUCUAGGAAGCUGACCCUUCUUGCCUACUUUGAUGCCCUACACUUGCAUACACUUUGAUGCCCUAGGACACACCCCCCUUAUUUCCCACAUAGAAAUAGCCUCUUGUAAAUUGUUCCAUUACAACCUGUAUUUCAAUUUGUAAGAAAUUUGCACAUACUGUGAGCCCCCCAACAUCAGGAGACUGACUCUUUGGAUGUCAUUGCUAAGCCCCAGUAAAUGAGUGAGUGAAAAUGAG